AUGAAUCCAAUGGAAUGGCCAAAGGAUAAAGAAAGUUUAGUUGAUUAUGGUGAAGAAAAAUUAGAAAAGUUAAUUAAUAUUUAUAGAAUAACUAAAAAGCCUAAUUACCUAAUGCCAAUUAUUGAUGCUGAUGCUAUUCGUGAUAAAUGGAAUAAUUUUAAA